GUAAGCUCUAAAGGAAUAAAUUUAAGUAGCUUGGAUUAAUCAACGGAAGAUAUAUGUCCCAUCACCCUGAUUUGACAUUCCCUUUUCUCCCUGACAAUUAAGCAGUUGAUUUCCAACCAUCGGCGCUUCAUACAGAAGAAGAGAGAGAAAUUCAUCGAAAAUGUCAUUCUCGUUCUUUAAAGCUCGCUCUAAAACUCCUCAGGAGGUUGUUAGGUCUACCAAAGAUAGUCUCCUGGCUCUUGAUACUGCUACCGUUGUCGAAGUUAAAGCUCUUGAAAAGGCAUUGGAAGAAGUAGGAAAAAACUUUUCGACAAUGAGGUUGAUGCUUUGUGGAGAUGGUGAAUCUGAACCAAGCACAGAUCAGAUUCUACAGAUUACGCUUGAAACAUGUAAGGAAGAUGUUAUUCCUCUUCUAAUUCACAAGCUACAUGUUUUUGGUUGGCAAGCAAGGAAAGAUUUAGUCUUAUGUUGGUCAGUGUUGUUGAAGCAACAAGUGGACAACAUGUAUUGCUGUUUAGAAUACAUUGAGAAUCAUUUGGAGUUGCUUGACUUCCUUGUUGUUUGCUAUGAUAACAAAGAUGCUGCCUUGACCGGUGGGAACAUGUUGAGAGAAUGCAUCAAGUUUCCAAAACUUGCAAAAUAUAUAUUAGAGUCCACCAGCUUUGAGUUGUUCUUCAAGUAUGUAGAGCUUCCCAACUUUGAUGUUGCGUCCGAUGCAUUCACCACAUUCAAGGAUCUGCUUACUAAACAUAGUAAAGAAGUUGCUGAUUAUCUGACUUCUCACUAUAAUGAGUUCUUUGAAAUGUACGAAAAGCUUUUGACAUCAGAGAACUAUGUGACAAGAAGACAAUCACUUAAGCUCCUCUCAGAUUUUCUUUUGGAGCCACCAAAUUCACAUAUUAUGAAGCAAUACAUCCUCGAAAUACGUUACCUGAAAGUCAUCAUGACAUUACUUAAGGAUUCAAGUAAAAAUAUCCAGCUUUCUGCUUUCCACAUAUUCAAGGUGUUUGUGGCAAACCCUAACAAGACACAUGAAAUCAAAAUCAUCUUGGCAAAAAAUUGUGAGAAAUUGUUAGAUCUUUUACGCAAUCUUUCUGUCGGAAAAGGUACCGAGGAUGAACAAUUUGAAGAGGAAAAGGAAAUGAUCAUGAAGGAAAUAGAAAGAGUAUCUCGUUUCAUCAAUCGUGAACGUUAGUCAUCGAUUAAAUUUGUUUGUAACUUUCCCAUCAAUCUUGGUAAUUAACUAAGAGCUUAGUGUUUCUGUGAUCGUAAUGAAAGGCUGAGCGAUAUUUGUGGAGAAUAUUCCAAGCAAAGAGAAGUUAUUGAUUUGAAGGCUUGUGUUCAUAGUUUAUGUAUCAAAAUACUUUUUUAUAUUAUUUUUAAUGAAAUUUUAAAGCUUGGUUUGUAGA